AUGCUCAUGCUCAUGCUCUGCUGUACGGAGUACGAGCACCUACUCAACUCAACUCAACUCAACCUGAUUGCCAUCGGUGCCAUCCACAUCCACAUCCACAGAGCAUCCACAUCCACCACCAUCCCGCGGCCGCAACCAGCGACGCCUCAGGCAACAGACCAAGAGGCACCAGCGGCAAAGUACCCAGAGCGUGCGCGCCAGGUCACUGCCGGUGCUAGCAGCCACUACUUCCAGCGCGCCAUAGCACCACUUCAGCACCACUCCAGUACCUGGUCUUCGCCGCACUGGUACUCGCCCGCAGCGCCGGCUGUACCUGGAACGCACAACAGCUAG